AUGACAGAUGAGUUUCUAUUUCAAGACAAUAAGAACCAUACUGUCUGUAUAAAUCCAACAAAAGGAACUUUAAACGAGAAACCUAUAAAUGAACUUCUUUUGAAAGCAGAUGUUGACAACAAAGCUGACAAAGAAUAUGUAGACGAUGCAAUAGCAAAAGAAGAAGAAAGAGCUAACAAAGCUUAUGCAACAAAAGAACAUACUCAUCCUGAACUAGCAGACAAAACAUAUGUUGACAAUAAAAUGUCAAGUGAAGUGACAAGAGCUGAAAACGAAUAUUCUAAAAAGACUCAUAUACAUUCUAUAUCUGAAAUAACAAACUUACAAGAAACCUUAAACAGGAAAGCAGAUAAGGGAUGGGUGGCUAGUGUGUUAGUGAAGAAGGCGGAUAAGGAAUAUGUGGAUGAAAAAGAUAACGAAAUUAUAGAAAGGGUUGAAUGGUACCAUGAACGGACAUCGAAGAUUUUAAAAGGUAAAGCCAAUACAGGAUGGGUUUCAGGAUGUUUAGACCUUAAAGCAGAUAAAACUUAUGUUAACGAUGAGUUAGAGAAGAAAGCAAAUAAGACUCAUACACAUACAAGUUUUACAACUUUUACAGCAGACGACAUAAUAUUGAACUUUGACCUUGGUUCAAGUGCACCUUUAGAGAAUCCAAGUACAAGCGUAAAAGAUACACUAAACAAUUUAGAUAACAGUUGCAGGAACAUUGAAAGUCAUGCCAGAAACUUUGAAGCAUAUGAACUACCAGCAAUGUUAGAUAAGAAGGCUGACAAAACAGAGCUUCAAACAUUAAAGACAGAAAUACUUCAAACAUUAUAUCCUAUAGGCUCUAUUUAUACGUCAAUGAACUCUACCAGACCAGAAACAGUACUUGGUUUUGGAACUUGGACUCAAAUAGUCGACAGGUUUUUGUAUUGUGCAAACUCUUCAAAGGAAACAGGUGGAAGUAAAACGAUUUCAGGUGAAAACUUACCUGCACACAGUCACUACAUAGAUUUAAGUACAUCUCAAGCAGGUUGGCAUAAGCAUAAAUUUUGGGAUUGGUCAGCAAUGAAAAAAGGUAAAGGAUAUGAUGUUAAAGACGACGUUCAGUUUGCUAUAAAUUGUUUCUGGGGUAACACUCAGGGAGAUGGAAACCAUACACAUCGCGUUUCAGGAUAUACGCAAACAACGGGACAAAGUAAAGACUACAUGCCACCUUACAUGACA